GAACCAUCACUUCACGUGAACGAGAAAACCGUUCCAAAAUGGCGGCGUACUUGGCAGUAUUCUGUUGUACAAAAUAGGUUAUCGGGUGGUGCCUAUACAUGCGACCGAUAUAUCGGGAUCUAACGUGAAGCUAAUAGCGCCGCGAGUAUUAUGAUCGGCUCCAGAUAAGAUUCGUGUAACACGGCGCGUUUUAAUCUCCCGUAUUAUCGCGCGCGCAUCCGAAAGAUAAUGGCCGAUAAUGUCAUCGCAGGCGACGACGAGCUCCUGAAAAACAUCAAAACGCUCCUCUGGGGCUCGACCGUCAAGGAGGACGUUUUCAAGCGAUGGGCGCAAGGCUUCUACUUCAGCACAGAUGAACCUACUGCGCUUGUACAGAGAGAAGGAGGGCCUUGCGCUGUGAUAGCCGCGGUUCAAGCAUUUAUUUUGAAGCAGUUACUGCUGGAGAGCGAUGUCAUAACUUGGAAGGCCAUCAAGGCCGAAAAAUGUGAUCAGCUGCUUGUGAAAGCCAUGACCGAAAUUAUAAAUCAGGCCGCCGAUAUUCAGGAUCCUAAGUUUGCAGUAGUACAUGCCAGUGAUUCCAAUGGCUUUGUGUCCGGCAAAGAGGGGACUGAUUCUAAAUCAACCGAGCCAACGGUAAAUCCAGCUCAAGAAAAUAUUAGCGAAGGUAAUCGAAUUAAUGAAACGCAGAUCACGAAACAAGCGUCAUUAGAAUCGGAAGCUUUUCAUUCUCAACUAAGGAUAUUUACUACAAGUAGCAUCGAUGACGUAGAGGACUUUUUCACGGAACGAAUUGGGAUGUUAAAAGACCAGUAUGGUAUAUUGCUGCUACUUUAUACGGUAAUGUGUACAAAAGGAGUUUCGGAAAUAUGCUCUGAAAUGUCGGACCCCACAGAACCCAUGAUCGAUUCUACCUACGGAUAUGGAAGCCAAAGUUUAAUAAAUUUAAUGCUUACCGGCCGGGCAGUUAGUCACGUCUGGGAUCAUGAUCAAGAUAUUAGUGGAUUAAAAUUACGCGGAAUUGAUAAACAGAAUACAGUGGGAUUCCUCACUCUGCUGGAGCAUUUACGGUAUUGCGAAGUGGGAACCUUUUUAAAAUCACCAUCGCAUCCGAUCUGGGUGCUGGGAUCGGACACGCAUUUAACUGUACUCUUCUCUACGGAGAAGCGUCUUGUGAGCCCAGAGACACCGUCGGAACAAGCGCGAAGAAUUUUCAAACGCUUUGAUCCGGAAGGGAAUAACUUUAUCGCGGCGAAUCUACUGCAGGACGUACUGGCGGAAUUAGGACUGGUAGCCGACGCGGAGUAUGUCGAUAUUAUGAGGAAGAAGCUGGACAGUGAAAAUUUAGGGAUAAUACUUCUCGCAUCGUUUAUGGACGAAUUCUUUCCCGAGGAGCCACGCAUGUGCCCAGACAUGUUCGUCUUGUAUCACUACAAUGGUCUACAGCGUAGCAAUCCGGAAAACAGAGUGAAAUAUCACAAAGGACAGGCGGUAUUGCUUGAGUGCACCGUGAAAUGUAUCAUGGACAGCAAUCCUAUGCUGACGGUCCUACAAACGAAGUGGCCAAGGAUCGAGAUACAGUGGGACAUAGGACGAAAUCCUAGUUUAAAUUAGAAUUUAUAAAACUGUAAUAUAUAUGUAUACAACGGAGCUGACUACACAUAGAGUGACCUGACCGAGCGCUUCUAUAGGAAUAACGUUGAGAGGAUUACCACUUUUAAGAUCGUAGUCUAGUCAAAUCGGCCAUUUUCUGAUUUACAUUGGUGAAUACCGCGAGGGAUAUUCAUAUUGAGGGAUAUCUGCCAAUAAAGGGAAUAUCGUUUCCACGGAAGUAAUAUUGUAGUAUUCGUGACGCAUGGUCAGUAUGAAAAUCUACUAAGGAUAUCUACAAUUCAUGUCAAAGUAUUGCACCACACUGACUGUGUCGACGAGAUUUAAAGUAAUUUAUUUUUAUUGAAUGUUUUCAUCGAAUAAUAUUAUCAGACACAUAAUCUAUAGUUCUAAUAUUUCUCAAGAGAGCAUCUUAACGAAAUUUUCUCAGCACAAUAGGAUUUAACUGUGGUCGAUUACAAGUAAUUUACAAUAACACAAGGUCAAAAGCAUCCUGCUCACUCGUUUACUUCGUAAUAAAUAUUUUUGUUAACAAAAAUAUUAAAUUCUACGUUGGUUUCAAUAAAAUUCAUUUUGUUUGUAUAUUGUAUAGAUAAAAUGUUACUAAGUAUUAUAUGACAUGGCAUAUAUUACUUUGAAACUUUCCGUGCAUUAUUUCGCUAUUCUUGCCAUAAAAAUGAUUUGGCUCAAAGCAAUGUUUCAAAAAGCGCCGUUUUAAUAAAACUAUGUAAAUUUAAUUUCAAGUUCCCUUUCCCGAUGUAAUAAAAAUCAGAGCUGUAUAUUCCCUGAAAAUCGAUGUGCAAGGUAAAAUGCGCGCACUUUUGGAAUAUUACUUACUACACGGUAAUUUUAAUAAAUAUUUGGUCAAUGUUCAUUUUAUAUGACUUUUGCAUAACUGCAGUUACAGUGUUAAAUAAUAAACUUACUACUUUUGAGAAAUAA